CCCUGCUUGUGUUCCCUCUCUUGCUGUCUCUCUCUCUGUGUCAAAUAAAUACAUAAAAUCUUUUUUUAAAAAUGUCAUAAGCAUAAUAGCAAAUUUAUUAGCCCAAAUGACUAAAAAGUCUGGGACACAGACCCAGCUUAAGGUAGUUGUGCGUCCAGAGACAUUUUAUCAUUAGGGCUGGAACUCUUUCCAUCUCUCAGCUCUGUUUUCCUUUGUGUUGGCUUCUCUCCCAAGCCCCAUGUGAUACUCCCCGCAGCUCUUGGAUCACACAGUCCUUUCUGAUAGUAGCCCCCCUGCCAAAAGAGAAGUUCUCUUUGCAAUCUUCCAGAAAACAUCCUGGGUGGGAAUGACUUUCAUUUGAUUUAACUGGGGCUCAGGCCUAUUCCUGAACAAAACACUAAGACCUGAGUGAUGUGAUAAGCUGAUUGGCUAGACCUAGAGCCAGAAGUGGGAUCACCCCAACUCAACCACAUGGACUGAGAAAGGUGGAUGAAUGAUUCUCCAAAGGAAACUCAGAGACGUCUCCAGAAAAAGAGGGAAUAGAUGUUGGUAGAAAAAAAGAGGAAAAAAGAAAACAUGACUGCCACACCAUUGCUUUUGGCAAAAAGUCUAUGUACUUAGGGGACAGUGUAAGUCUCAUUUCAUAUUGAUUUUUCCUAAGUGGCUUGGAAGUGGUAUUAUUGGCAACAAAGGGAUGUUUUGGUUCCUUUCUCACUCACUCUCACCACAUUCUUAGAGAAAUGCCCAUCUAUCUAUAGUGGUGGACCUCUAUGGCCAUAUUUGUUUAUGUGUCUCUAUCCUGAAUGGACCAGGGAUGAGGGCACCUUACCCAAAGAAGCUAGUUAUUGCAAAUCUGGUAGCCAGUCAAAUUCUUCGUAGGGAUCCACUGAGGCUGAGAGGGGUUUUGAUUUUGCUUAUACUAUUUUGAGUUGGUUUCUGUUACUUGAAACCAAAUGACUUCACCAAGACUAAUUCCAGUCACAGGAUUCCAGUAGCACUGAGGAAAGAGCAGCUGAUGUUGAAUGUAAGUGAUUUUAAUGUUCUCUGAACUUGGCCCCUGGUGGUUGCAUUUCCUAGGUUCUGAGCUUGGAAGUUAUCAAGCUAUCAGUGGCUUGCUGCUGAGCCUCUCACUAGUCGCAAUAGUCUUGAAAUGCAGGGUCUUUCAAGGCUUCUUUUUGAGUGAAGCUAUAUCCGUUUUCAAUCGCCACAGCAAUUGCAUGACUGGGGUCCCUGGGAUCAACUGAGGGGCUGGCUAGGCAAUUCUGCUUAUCUUGAUUGGUCUUGCUAUACAGAAAAAUAGCAUAGAAGGGAUCACAUGGAUAAGAAGUAUUGGGAAGGUGGGAAACAUUGAGCUUUUAGAUAGGGUAGCCAGGGAAGUUCUAACUGAUAGAAUAACAAAGCAAAGACAAGAAGGAGGCAAGGGGAUGAUCCACAUGAUUAUCUGGGUGCAUUAGUGUGUGUGUGUGUGUGUGUGUGUGUGUGUGUGUGUGUGUGUGUGUGUGAAGAGUGAUGCUGGUAGAGCGAACAGCAGUAACAAACGCUGAGGCAGAAGGGUGUCAUCAUAUCCAAGGAACAACACAGGGGCCAAAGAGAAAGAAGCAGAAUGCGUCAGAGUGGUGGGAGAUGAGGAAAGGUGAUAACAGGGGUCAGACACAGAGGACAUUGUGGGUGACCAUAGGGCUUUGGCUUUUGCUAAGGAUAAAGCAAAAAAGCCAUUGAACAGGUUUAAACAGAGCGACAUGAUCUGACUCUAAAUUAAUAGCAUCCCUUUGGCUAGUAUAUUGACCAUAGGCUGUAGAGGGGCUAGUGAGGGGAAUACGGCAAUGAUCCAUGGUGACAGACCAGCAACAGAGGCAUCACCUGGAAAGUUAGAAAUGCAGAUUCUCAAGCCCCGCCCCAUGCCUGUAGAGGUAGAAUCUGCAUUUUAACAUGAUCCACAGUGAUUGUAUGCACAUUAAAGUCUGAGAAGUUCUGUGUGAGAAGAGAACGCUUCCUUUCUCUGGGCCUGUUUCUUCCCUACUCUAAGGGGCUGGACCGAGGUAUCUCUAUGGUCCCUUCCAGUUGCAAUUUUCUUUUCUCUUCUUUUUUAUUUAAGAUUUUAUUUAUUUAUUUGAGAGAGAGAGGGAGAGAGAGAGAGAGAAAGAGAAGCAGACCCCCCGAUGCGCAGGGAGCCCGAUGUGCGGCUCGAUUCCAGGACCCUGAGAUCAUGACCUGAGCCAAAGGCAGAUGCUUAACCGACUGAAACACCCAGGCACCCCCCAGUUGUCAUUUUCUAAGCCCCUUUCUUACAGCUAUCUGUGUGCAUCGCUAUGAAAAGCCAGCUGAAGAGACCAAACGAUAAACGGCCUGGCUGCAAAACCCCUACUGCCCACAGCCAGACGCAGGUGGGCACUGAAGCAGCUUCAUGAUCCAGGUCAGUGGGGAGCCCGGGGUAAGAGGCUGUUGGGAUUUCUCCUGGUGCUGGGGUGGAAGGGCGCCCAACUGGACCAGAGUGGAAGGUGUCGGGCAGUAACAGGGCGGCAGGAGGCGCUGUGAAGUGCUGGUGGAAGGUGCCGCCCAGACCCAGAGGGCGUGCAGGGUGCUGGGUGGCCUCAGGGAGGCAGCAGGCACUGCGCUGCGCUACGGUAAGGCACAGGGCCGGACGCACCUGGGCGCAGAUUGGCCUCAGGGUGGCAGGGGGCGCUGUGGAGUCGCGGCUGGCACAUCCCGGGCCUCCUGGGGAAUACACCUGCGCAGGUGGGCGUGGCCCCGAGGGGGCGGGGCUGCAGGGGCGGGGCUGCAGGGGCGGGGCCCAGGUCAGGCCCACAAGAGCCGGAGGCCGCGGCGGCUGCGGGAUGCUCCAGCUGUACGCGGAGCAGAACAGAUCGCACACGGAUCGCGCGCACGCGAGCCCCGGACUCCGGAACUGAGCGAGCGUGCCUGCCCCUCCACGUCCCAUGCUCGCCAUGGCUCCUGGAGAGAAGAUCAAAGCCAAAAUCAAGAAGAAUCUGCCGGUGAGGGGGCCCCAGGCGCCUACGAUCAAAGAGCUGAUGCGGUGGUACUGCCUGAACACCAACACCCACGGCUGUCGCCGCAUUGUGGUGUCCCGCGGCCGCCUGCGGCGCCUGCUCUGGAUUCUGUUCACGCUCACCGCCGUGGCCCUUAUCUUCUGGCAGUGUGCGCUCCUCAUGGCCUCCUUCUACACCGUCUCUGUCUCCAUCAAAGUCCACUUCCAGAAGCUGGAUUUUCCUGCUGUCACUAUCUGCAACAUCAACCCCUACAAGUACAGUGUGGUGCGGGACCUUCUAGCUGACUUGGAACAGGAGACCAGAGUGGCCUUAAAGACCCUGUAUGGCUUUCCAGAGAAUACGUCUCGAAAACGCCGAGAGGCAGAGUCCUGGAAUUCGGCUUGGGAGGGCACACGGCCUAAAUUCCUCAAACUGGUCCCACUGAUGGCUUUCGGUCAGGAUGAGACCGGUAAGGCCAGGGACUUCCUCACAGGGCGGAAGCGGAAAUUCAAUGGACGCAUCAUUCACAAGGCGUCGGAUGCCAUGCAUGUCCACGCGUCCAAGGAGGUGGUGGGAUUCCAACUGUGUUCAAAUGACACGUCCCACUGCGCCCUCUACACCUUCAGCUCGGGAGUCAAUGCCAUCCAGGAGUGGUACAAGCUGCACUACAUGAACAUCAUGGCACAAGUCCCUCUGGAGAAGAAAAUCAACAUGAGCUACUCUGCUGAGGAGCUGCUGGUUACCUGCCUCUUUGAUGGGGUGUCCUGCGAUGCCAGAAACUUCACGCUUUUCCACCACCCAAUGUAUGGGAAUUGCUACACGUUCAACAACAGAGAGAACGAGACUAUCCUCAGCACAUCCAUGGGGGGCAGCGAGUAUGGGCUGCAGGUCAUCUUGUACAUAAAUGAAGAGGAGUACAACCCCUUCCUGGUGUCCUCCAGCGGGGCCAAGGUGAUUGUCCAUCGGCAGGAUGAAUACCCCUUCAUCGAGGAUGUGGGAACAGAGAUCGAGCCUGCCAUGGCCACCUCCAUAGGGAUGCACCUGACGGAGUCCUUCAAGCUCAGUGAACCCUACAGCCAGUGCACGGAGGACGGGAGCGACGUGCCGAUCAGUAAUAUCUACAACGCGGCAUAUUCCCUCCAGAUCUGCCUUCACUCGUGCUUCCAGACAAAGAUGGUGGAGAAAUGUGGGUGUGCCCAGUAUAACCAGCCUCUACCUCCAGCAGCCAACUACUGUAACUACCAGCAGCACCCCAACUGGAUGUACUGCUAUUAUGAGCUGCACCAGGCCUUUGUCCGGGAGGAGCUGGGCUGCCAGGCGGUGUGCCGGGAAGCCUGCAGCUUUAAGGAGUGGACACUGACCACCAGUCUGGCACAGUGGCCAUCCAUGGUUUCCGAGAAAUGGUUGCUGCCCGUUCUCACUUGGGACCAAGGCCAGCAAAUAAAGAAAAAACUCAACAAGACAGACUUGGCCAAACUCUUGAUAUUCUACAAAGACCUGAACCAGAGAUCCAUCAUGGAGAGCCCUGCCAACAGCAUCGAGAUGCUUCUGUCCAACUUCGGUGGCCAGCUGGGCCUGUGGAUGAGCUGCUCUGUCGUCUGUGUCAUUGAGAUCAUUGAGGUGUUCUUCAUCGACUCCUUCUCUAUCAUUGCCCGCCACCAGUGGCAGAAGGCCAAGGAGUGGUGGGCCCGAAGGCACGCUCCCCCUGGCCCUCAGGGCCAGGACAACCCAGGCCUUGAUGUAGACAAUGACCUGCCCACUUUCACCUCCGCGUUGCGCCUGCCUCCAGCCCCAGGGACCCAGGUGCCUGGCACACCGCCUCCCAGAUAUAAUACCUUGCGUUUGGAGAGGGCCUUUUCCGACCAGCUCACAGACACCCAGGUACCAGCUGAGUCCUGAGGCAGGGAGGUGAAGGGAAAUAUAGCUGGGACCCCCAGCCCCGGUCUGAGAACUUAGACCAUGUCACCCUGUCUCCUGCAUGUGGAAGGGACUCUUGGCACCCCUCUCUGGGCUUUUCAGAGACAUUGAGGACAAGUCUGCUUUGACCAACAACAUGGGGCCUGGGUGUGUGCAGGGGACCCAUUGGCCCCUGCCCAGCCACCUUCACAGCCGUCCAGGGUGAGAAAGGGCCGGCCGCCCAAACCCCUGGCACAUCUGCUCCAGAGAGAGAUAGGGGUCGAGGAAAUGGUGCCCAGCCAGCCGAAGGCCAGAAGGGAAGCCUGACAGAGCUUUCACCAGAUCUUGAGAGAGAAAGACUCCUCCAAAGCCCCAAGCUGGGAGUUUCACCCACUCCUCCGGCCUGGGCUGGGGCCCAAGGAUAUGACCUGAAGUAUCAAGGGCAGAUAACCACUGCCUAGUGCCAACGCCAAGAAGAAGCACCAGCCUCGGAGCUGAGGCUGUGAAGAAACUGUUUUUAGGUUUUGACAUUGGGGAGAGGUCUCUCCUCUGUGCCCUCAGGCAGGGAGCUGGCCCGAGGUCCUUGGAGUGUGUGGGGGUAGAGUGCAAUGGGGGGCGGUCUGGGGAUGUGACAGGAGGCCCUCACUCUGGGAGCAUGGGGGGGGCCGUGUUCUGGGCAGCUAAGCCAGUGCCCGGGGCCCCUUACCCAAGCAAAGAAAGGUCUGCAAAAGGGCCUUGCCGGACACCCCAGCAAGUGGUGGCCCAAGGCACAAAGGAUCAUCUGAUAACUCACUUCAGCCUCUCCUCCUCCCAGGCAGCCACUGCCCCCCCCCAAGGCCUGCCCCUCCGCAGCAAGCCAACCACCGCAGACAACCGUUUCUCUACUCACACUUUCCAACAUGACAAUACCUAACAUGUAUUAAGCACACAGUAGGAGUUCAAUGUGAGCUCAGCAACAGUGUGCUGGGUGCUGUUCUAAGCACUUACGGAGACGAGUGUUGGGGACAGCAAACUGCAACCCAUGGGCCAGAUCCUGUUUUUGCUCAUGACCUAGGAAUAUUUUGUAUUUCACUUUUCUCAAUGGUUAAAAAGAUCAGAAGAAGACUCUUUUGUGACUCAUGGAAAUUAUACAAGAUUCCAUUUUCAGUGUCCAUAAAUAAAGUUU